AUGAAUGUUCAAAUGACAAUAGCUAAUUUUAUGGUUAAAACAACAAAAACAUUAACACGAUUAAAUCGAAUGAUGCCAUUACAAGAUUUUCAAAAUACAAUACAAAUGUUUGAUCAAAAUAUGACAGCAAAUAAUACUAAACAAGAAAUGAUGAAUGAUGCAAUGGAUUCUGUAUUCGAAGGAGAAGACGACGAGGACGCAACUGAAGAACUUGUUAAUCAAGUAAUUGAUGAAUUUAAUAUAGAUGUGGCUAAUCAGAUACCUCAUGCACCACAAGCAAUAUCUACAGUUGAUGCUCGUUUAGAGGCUCGUCUAAAUGUUUUACAUGAAAUAUAA